AUGGCGGUAGAAGUGGGCCCAAAAAAUCAAGUUGGCUCUAAAAGCGAGACAAAAAUCGAGCAACAGAAAUCCUCUAAAAGAAUCAAGAUCACCCCUGAGGCGGCCAGCAGUUUUGUCAAUAGCCUGUGGCCUUUGCUUGAGGCCAAAUUAGAUCGCUGGAUCGAGUCCUCCCUUUCGAGAAAGGUCGAGGUAUUGGCCACUGAGGCAAUCAACAAGUAUGUCACGUCAAAAGAGUUUAAAGAAUCACUUAGUGAGACCGUUGGGUUUGAUCUAGCAGAAUCAGCAGACGAAAUCCAAAUAUUACGUAAGAAGACAGAAGAGCGAGGGAAGAUAGCCGUGGAAGUGGACGGUAAGCUAGAUGGCUUGGAACAGUAUUCUAGACGUAACAACAUAAGAAUAGACGGCAUCCCCCAGACCGAAGAAAAAGAAGAUACAGAUAGGCUGAUAAUAGAAACGAUCAAAGCUAAAAUCGGCAUAGUGAUCGCACCAGCGGACAUAUGGCGAUCACACCGCGUGGGACAUUUGAAAGGUUCUACCCCCCGGCAAAUAAUCUGCAAAUUUGUCAGGCACAACAUCAAGGCUAAAAUUCUGAAAGAAAAGAAAUCUUUAAGAGAAAAAAAAGACAAAUUACGAGUGAACGAGGAUCUAACUAAAGGCCGGUUAGAUGCCAUAAAAGCCAUCAACUCAAAGUUGGACAUCUACAAGUUAUGGACAAUCGACGGAACAAUCCACGUACGACUAAACAAAGACAAAGACAAAGCCAAAGAAAUAAUACAUUCUCUUCGCCAGUUGAAAGACCUACAACAGUUCAUUGAAAAGUUAGUGUAAACCAUCCCAGUGAAAGUAAGAUCUUCUACAUUUGUUUUCACGGCGACUAUAACAGAUUAAUCCAGGAUGAAUCUAAUAAGAAUUUAGCGAGGAACUUGACAUUGCAGAUUUUUUUACCUCAUUUUAAAUAUGCUCUUUAUUUUAAAUGAUUUAAUAAUUCACUAAAAUAAUUCAUAUACCGGUAUUUCCGUAAGACGUAGAAGUGUUGGGCUUAUACCAAGCUAGCUCUGUCUAUAGAUGACAUCAGGCAAAAUUGUUAAAGUUGUUUAAAUGAUGUUAGUAAUGAAAGCGGAUCGAUUUCUUGCUGCCAUAAUAAUCAACAAGCUGGGAAUUGCUCCAGAGUUUUGGACCCUGAAAAUCGUAAUGAACAAAACACUGAUCACCUAAAUUUAAUGCCCUUUUCGAACCAAAAUAACAAUGAAUUUCUUCAUGAGCGAACUAGGAUAGAUUUUUAAAUCCAUCUAGACGAAUUACAUGUUAAUCUCUUUACUCUCUAUGACUAGAAGUAUCUUCAAGAUAGUGAAGUGCUCGGAGAUUGGAUUGUGAGAUCACGGGCUCUAGGAUAAUUUUACUCCAAAGUAUGGAAUAAUUCCUUGUUAGUGUUUAAUAAACUACGCAUUUCUUUCCUCUA